AUGCGAACGCGCAAGAUGAGGGCCCGGACGCGGCACACCCGCUCUGCUGUUGUUGACAGCGACGAUAGCCAGAGCGAAUCUGACGGCUCCGAGGCCCGUGAGAAUGGCUUCUUUGACGACGAGGCCCUGGAAUACGCAGAAUCCACGGAGGACAUGUCCGGUUCUGACGAAGAAGAAAUCGAUCCCUUUCCAUUCGCCCGCCUUCCUCCAGAGCUCCGUUUACGCGUCUGGACCUUCUUCUGCCCCGAUCUGCUAGGCGCACCGCGUGUCCUUGACUUUAAUGUUCACGACAGCCUCUCGCCCACCAGAACAGCGCCAUGCAAGGUGAUUGGCGCCGGGAUGUGCCUCCAAGAACAAACCCGCGCGUUGCGCUGCGUCUUGGCUACGAAUCAGCAGUCGCGAUCCAUUGCCAAGGACAAGUUCCCCGGAGAGUUGCUCCUGGAAUCAGAUGACGGUUGCAUCUUCACGCUAUGCGUGAACCUCGAGUCUGAUGUCUGUAUGGUGGACCAUGUCCCAGACUUUCCUCACCCAGAGUUGGUACUGGGCCUCUCCACCACCACCAGAGUAAAUCUCGAUGGCUUCUCACAGUCCAUCGUCAAAUUAGCCUUGCCCCUCAAAGAUUUUCAUGUUUACGGGCAGGAUGCGGAUGUGACUUCGUGGCUGCGAAAGUUCAGAUCCCUCCAACACAUCUUCUUAUAUACGGAUGAAGAUGACUUUGGUGGCCGCUUACUAAAAGAUGAUGCUGUGCGCUGGUGUGCCUCACCCCACGCUCGCCAGUAUUACAUGGAGACUUUUGAGCAAGAGCCAGGUUAUGGUGAAGACUACACAAAACUUGCCUGCUGGCCCGAUUCCGAAAAGAGCCCUUUCUUCACCAAAGCUCACGUGCCCAAGUGGCACACGAAAUUCUUGCAUCAGACACAAGAGGAUGCCUUUGAAGACUUUGGAGUAACGCUCCAUCCAAUGGUUAUAUUUCAGACGGAAAUCAGCCUUGAGCGCUUCGACCAUUUUGUAGCGACAGACUAUCUCCCCUUGAAAGUGUACGACGCCAAUGAAGAAGGUUCAGAAGCCGAGAGUUACGAGGAAGAUCUCGAUGAAGACUUUGAGCUCAACGGAGCGAGCGAGGCGGUGGACACCUACGAAAGCGACGGCAUCGACGACGACGAACCCGAGAUUUUUCAUGAGUCUGGGGAUGAGCACCUCGACGAUGGAGACAGCGACGAUGGUCACGGAUACGAAGGUGGCACAGUAGCACACCCAUUCUCGAGCCCGGAACCGUCAGAAGACGAGGGCGGCCCACCGGUACGGGGCCGCAAGCGCCGUGUCAUUGCUGAUUCGGACGAUGAAGACGACGACGGCGACGGACCCAGCAGUAGGCCUGCGAAGCGAAAACGCGUUCAUGUCAUUGAAGAUUCGGAUGAAGAGCAAAGCAUUGCCGGGGCGGCAGAGCCGCAAGUUAUUUCCUCGGAUGAGGAGGACGAGGUCCCUUCAAAACGGCAGAGGGUGGAAGUCGUCGAUACUGAUGAAGAGAGUGAAGACGAUAGCGACGACGAAAAUGGUCAGCCGCAACGGGUCAGUCUCGCAGAUCGCCUCCAAAUUCGCAGCCGACGUGCUCUACCUGAAGAUGACAGCGAGGAGGAGGAAGGCGAAGAGGAAGACGACGGGGAAGAUGAUGAGGACGAGGAAGACGAUGAGGACGAGGAAGAAGAUGAAGAUGGCUUGAUUGACAAUAUGGCAGCAGAAUCCGACGAAGAUGAGGAGGACGAAGGCGAGGAAGAGGAUGAAUAG